AUGGCCACGCCCUUUCUUAUCUCCUACCCCUCCACCCCCACCUCCGGCCUCACCCUCAAGCAGAUUGCUUACUUUGGGCGAGUGCUGGUCAAGGUAUCAACCCUCGCCGAGGCUGAGGAGUUCCUGCGACAGAAUUUCCGCCAACUCGACGUCUUCGUCGAUGCGACUUCCAUUUCCUCCGCCGGCGACCUCGUCGAUGUGCUCAAUGCCGGUGCCGCUAAGAUCCUCAUCACCCUCGACCAAUUGACCGCCCUCUCCCAGGAACAGUCGGUUCCUUCCUCUCGAUUGCUUGUCUCCGCCCUGUCCGAUGCCCAGAUUGAUACUUUCCACCAAUGGAUUGCCGCAGAUGCCAUUGAGCGCAACGAUGCCAGUGUUUGCGUUACUACCGCCGCGGUCUCUGCUGCGGCUGCCAAAUUGAAUAUCAGCUCGGACUUGCCCCGCCUGUUCACAACGUUUGGAGAUGAGGCAGUGUCUGAAGAUGCCGUCAACCAGGUCACACAGAAGGGUGCCAUCGCCAUUCUGCCUUCCCAGGCCUUGACUGUGGAGCGGGAUGCUGCCGGCCAGAUCUCUGCUGCGAAGCUCAUUGCCGCACGCACUGUUACUGACCAGGCCAACGGCCUGUAUGCUACAUCUGUCACCGAUGAGCGAGGUUCCUGCCUCGGAUUUGUCUGGAGCAGCGACGAGAGCAUUGCUGAGGCGCUCCGCACCGGUACUGGAGUUUAUCAGAGCCGCAAGCGCGGUCUGUGGUACAAGGGUCAGUCAAGCGGCGAUGUACAGGAAUUGAUCCGCAUUGGCUAUGACUGUGAUGCGGACUGCUUGGUAUUUGUGGUUAAGCAGAUUGGACGAGGCUUCUGUCACCUCGGCACCGAUUCCUGCUUCGGUGCCUCUGCUGGUCUCUCCCGUCUCCAAAAGACCCUAUUUGCCCGCAAGGCCGAUGCCCCCGCCGGAUCGUAUACCGCUCGCCUGUUCAAUGAGCCCAAGCUUGCCGAGGCCAAGAUCAUGGAGGAGGCCGAGGAGCUGUGCCGUGCCACCACCAAGGAGGAGAUCGCCUUUGAGGCUGCCGAUCUACUGUACUUUGCCUUGACCAAGUGCACUGCUGCCGGUGUCACUUUGGAAGAUAUCGAGCGUAAUCUUGACCUGAAGAGCCUCAAGGUGAAGCGAAGAAAGGGUGAUGCCAAGGGUCCCUGGGCUGAAAAGGCUGGUUUGGCUCCCGCUACGAAGCCAGCUGCCGCUCCUGCUCCUGCCGCUGCUCCCGCUCCCGCUGAAGAUCGCUCGCGCAUUGAGAUGAAGCGCGUUUAUACCUCCUCCGCUUCGGUCACUGAGGUCAAGGAGUUCCUUAAGCGUCCCUCGCAAAAGUCAAACGAUGCGAUCGUUGCCAUCGCCAAGCCGAUCAUCCAUGAUGUUCGCGAUGGCGGCGAUGCUGCCGUCCUCAAGUACACUCACAAGUUCGAGAAGGCUACCUCUUUGACCUCCCCCGUCAUCAAGGCGCCCUUCCCGGCCGAACUCAUGAAGCUGACUCCCGAUGUCCAGGAGGCCAUUGAUGUCAGCAUUGGCAACAUCCAGCGCUUCCAUGCUGCGCAAAAGGGCAGCAAUGAUACCCUUAAGAUGGAGACUAUGCCCGGUGUGGUUUGCUCGCGCUUCUCUCGACCCAUCGAGCGCGUUGGUCUGUACAUCCCCGGUGGUACCGCUGUCUUGCCGUCUACCGCCAUGAUGCUGGGUGUUCCUGCCAUGGUGGCCGGCUGCCAGAAGAUCGUUCUGGCUUCGCCUCCCCGCUCCGAUGGUAGUAUCUCCCCCGAGAUUGUCUACGUCGCGCACAAGGUCGGUGCUGAGAGCAUCGUCCUGGCUGGUGGUGCCCAGGCCGUGGCCGCUAUGGCCUAUGGAACCGAAUCAAUUACCAAGGUCGACAAGAUUCUCGGCCCUGGUAACCAGUUCGUGACUGCGGCCAAGAUGUUUGUGUCCAACGAUACCUCUGCCGGUGUCAGCAUUGAUAUGCCCGCUGGUCCUAGCGAGGUCCUCGUUAUUGCUGACAAGACCGCCAAUCCUGCGUUCGUUGCCUCUGACCUGCUGAGCCAGGCUGAGCACGGUGUCGAUUCCCAGGUGAUCCUGAUCGCGGUUGACCUGACCGAGGAGCAGCUGCGUGCUAUCGAGGAUGAGGUUGACGCUCAGGCAAAGGCCCUGCCUCGCAUGGACAUUGUCCGUGGCUCGCUGGAGCACUCUGUCACUUUCGUGGUCCGCGACAUUAACGAGGCCAUGAUUCUCAGCAACGAGUAUGCCCCCGAGCACUUGAUUCUUCAGGUGGAGGGCCCCGAGGCGAUCGUGGAGCAGGUCCAGAACGCUGGCAGUGUGUUCAUCGGUCCCUGGACCCCCGAGAGCGUGGGUGACUACUCUGCCGGUGUUAAUCACUCACUCCCAACCUACGGCUACGCCAAGCAGUACUCUGGUGUCAACCUUGGCUCCUACCUCAAGCACAUUACCAGUUCCAACCUGACCGCGGACGGUCUGCUGGGUCUGGCGAAGACAGUCGAGACCCUGGCUGCCGUCGAGGGUCUGGAUGCGCACAAGCGGGCUAUCAGCAUCCGUGUUGCACAGAUGAAGAAGGACCGCUCGUAG